AUGGCUGAUCGCAAGGACGUCGGCGCCCCGGCGCUCGACACCAACAUCGAGUCUGGUGGCUUCGACGAGAAGAAGCACCAGCAGGCCGCUGCCCCUCCCCCCAAGGCCGCCCCCGUUGGCGAGGAAGAGGAUGAGGAUGAGGACAUUGACGCCCUGAUCGAGGACCUCGAGUCCGAGGAUGGCCACGCCGCCUUCGAGGAGGAGGAAGAGGAGGGCAACGCUGCUACCGGCCGCGUCGUCCCCGAGGACAUGCUCCAGACCGACUCCCGCGUCGGUCUGACCGAGGCUGAGGUCGUGCAGCGUCGUCGCAAGUACGGUCUCAACCAGAUGAAGGAGGAGAAGGAAAACCUGAUCCUCAAGUUCUUCUCCUACUUUGUCGGCCCUAUCCAGUUCGUCAUGGAGGCUGCCGCUGUUCUCGCUGCCGGUCUUGAGGACUGGGUCGAUUUCGGUGUCAUUUGCGCGCUUCUGCUGCUCAACGCUGCUGUCGGUUUCAUCCAGGAAUUCCAGGCUGGUUCCAUUGUCGAGGAACUCAAGAAGACCCUUGCCCUCAAGGCUGUCGUCCUCCGUGACGGCACCCUCAAGGAGAUUGAGGCCCCCGAAGUUGUUCCCGGUGAUAUCCUCCAGGUUGAGGAAGGUACCAUUAUUCCCGCCGACGGUCGCAUCGUCACCGAAGAUGCUUUCCUCCAGGUUGAUCAGUCCGCCAUCACUGGUGAGUCCCUUGCUGUCGACAAGCACAAGGGUGACAACUGCUACGCUUCCUCCGCCGUCAAGCGUGGUGAGGCUUUCGUCGUCGUCACCUCCACCGGUGACAACACCUUCGUUGGUCGCGCCGCUGCCCUCGUCUCCCAAUCCGCUGGUGGCACUGGUCACUUCACUGAGGUUCUCAACGGCAUUGGUACGAUUCUUCUGAUCCUCGUCGUCCUCACUCUCUUGAUCGUCUGGGUCUCCUCCUUCUACCGCUCCAACGGCAUCGUCACCAUCCUUCGCUUCACCCUUGCCAUCACCAUUGUCGGUGUCCCUGUCGGUCUCCCCGCCGUCGUCACCACCACCAUGGCUGUCGGUGCCGCCUACCUCGCCAAGAAGCAGGCCAUUGUCCAGAAGCUCUCCGCUAUCGAGUCUCUUGCUGGUGUCGAGAUUCUCUGCUCUGACAAGACUGGUACCCUGACCAAGAACAAGCUCUCUCUCGCCGAGCCCUUCACCGUCCAGGGCGUUGACCCCGAUGACCUCAUGCUCACUGCCUGUCUUGCUGCUUCCCGCAAGAAGAAGGGUAUUGACGCCAUCGACAAGGCUUUCCUCAAGUCCCUCAAGUUCUACCCCCGCGCCAAGUCUGUCCUCUCCAAGUACAAGGUUAUCGACUUCCACCCCUUCGACCCCGUCUCGAAGAAGGUCCAGGCCGUUGUUGAGUCUCCCCAGGGUGAGCGCAUUGUUUGUGUCAAGGGUGCCCCUCUCUUCGUUCUCAAGACUGUCGAGGAGGACCACCCCAUUCCCGAGGAUGUCGACAAGGCUUACAAGAACUGCGUCGCUGAGUUUGCUACCCGUGGUUUCCGUUCUCUUGGUGUUGCCCGCAAGCGUGGUGAGGGUGCUUGGGAAAUUCUCGGAAUCAUGCCCUGCUCUGACCCCCCUCGUCACGACACUGCCCGCACUAUCAACGAGGCCAAGCGUCUCGGUCUCUCCAUCAAGAUGCUUACUGGUGACGCCGUCGGUAUUGCCCGUGAAACCUCCCGUCAGCUCGGUCUCGGUACGAACGUCUACAACGCUGAGCGUCUUGGUCUCGGUGGCGGCGGUGACAUGCCUGGUUCUGAGGUUUACGAUUUCGUUGAGGCUGCUGAUGGUUUCGCCGAGGUCUUCCCCCAGCACAAGUAUUCCGUCGUUGAGAUUCUCCAGCAGCGUGGCUACCUCGUUGCCAUGACUGGUGACGGUGUCAACGACGCCCCCUCGCUGAAGAAGGCCGAUACUGGUAUUGCCGUCGAGGGUGCCUCCGAUGCUGCCCGUUCCGCCGCCGAUAUUGUCUUCCUUGCUCCCGGUCUUGGUGCCAUCAUUGACGCCCUCAAGACUUCUCGCCAGAUUUUCCACCGCAUGUACGCCUACGUUGUCUACCGUAUCGCCCUGUCCCUGCACAUGGAAAUCUUCCUCGGUCUCUGGAUCGCUAUUCUCAACCGCUCGCUGAACAUUGAGCUUGUCGUCUUCAUUGCCAUUUUCGCCGAUAUCGCCACCCUGGCCAUUGCCUACGACAACGCCCCCUUCUCCCAGACCCCCGUCAAGUGGAACCUGCCCAAGCUCUGGGGUAUGUCCAUCUUCCUCGGUGUUGUCCUUGCCAUCGGUACCUGGAUUGCUCUCACCACUAUGCUCGCCCAUGACCGCAACGGUGGUAUCGUCCAGAACUUCGGUAACGUCGAUGAGGUCCUCUUCCUUGAGAUCUCCUUGACUGAGAACUGGCUCAUCUUCAUCACCCGUGCCAACGGUCCCUUCUGGUCGUCCAUUCCUUCCUGGCAGCUGUCCGGCGCCAUUCUGGUCGUCGAUAUCAUUGCCACCCUCUUCUGUAUCUUUGGUUGGUUCGAGGAUGGCCAGACCUCCAUCGUUGCCGUUGUCCGUAUCUGGAUUUUCUCUUUCGGUAUCUUUGCCAUCAUGGGUGGUCUCUACUACUUCAUGCAGGGCUCUACCGGCUUUGACAACCUGAUGCACGGCAAGUCCCCCAAGAAGGACCAGAAGCAGCGUUCUCUGGAAGACUUUGUUGUCUCCCUCCAGCGUGUCUCGACCCAGCACGAGAAGUCGCAGUAA